CUGUCACACGCCCAUGCGGAGCAAAACACACACACACACACACACACACCCCUCAAACAUUCACUGCGCUCCUCUGGUGGAGCGCGGCUUGGAUUGCUUUGAUCUGCGGGCAUCUUUGGACUGAACUUGCGUGUGUAUGCGUGUGUGUGCGUGUGUAUGUGUAUGCGUGUGUGUGUGUGUGUGAUGCUCUCUGAGAUGAUCGGCUCGGCUGCGGCAGUGUAACAGGAGGUGAAGACGGAUCCUCCACCACCAUGAGCACCGCGUUCCAGCAGCAGGCCGUCCACAGAGCCCUGGAGCAGCAGCAGCAGUCGAAGCUUCAACCCCAGAGCGGGCCGAUCCUGUGCCAGAACUGUGGCCAGGCCUGUAAAGGCGAAGUGCUGCGGGUGCAGAACAAACACUUCCACAUCAAGUGCUUCGUCUGCAAAGUGUGUGGCAGUGACCUGGCUCAGGGAGGUUUCUUCGUGCGGCAGGGUGAAUACAUCUGCACUCUGGACUAUCAGCGUCUUUAUGGCACACGCUGCUUCAGCUGUGAGCAGUUCAUCGAGGGUGAGGUGGUGUCCGCUCUCGGCAAGACCUAUCACCCACGAUGCUUUGUGUGCGCCGUUUGCAAACAGCCGUUUCCUGCAGGUGGCCGCGUGACGUUUAAUGGGAAAGACUGCAUCUGUCAGAAAUGCACUCAGCUUCCGUCUGCCAACAUCUCAGACCCUGCCCAGGCUGUCCACAAUUGCUGUGGCUGUGGGAAGGAGUUUAAGAACGAGCAGUCCCUGGUGGCGCUGGAGAAACACUGGCACCUGGGCUGCUUCAAGUGCAAAGUGUGCAACAAAGUGCUCAAUGCCGAGUACAUCAGCAAGGAUGGAAUUCCAUACUGUGAGAUGGACUACCACGCCAUGUUCGGCAUCCAGUGUGAAAGCUGCAAGAAAUACAUCACAGGGAAAGUGCUGGAGGCUGGAGACAAACAGUACCAUCCCGCCUGUGCCAGAUGUGUACGCUGUGAACAGAUGUUUGGAGAAGGGGAGGAGAUGUACCUGCAAGGUUCUUCCAUUUGGCACCCAGUCUGCAGACAGGCGGCUCGUAUGGAGGAGAAGAGUAAGAAACAUGUGCGGAUACAGCUCAAUGACAGGAUUCUGAGUGUACCUGAGCAGGUGACCAGGACUUCCUCUGAGAGCAUCACCUCCGUUCCUGCCUCCAGUGCAUCCGGAUCUCCAAGUAGAGUUAUCUAUGCAAAGCUGGGUGAUGAGUUCCUGGAUUAUAAAGACCUCGCAGCGCUUCCAAAGAUAAAGGCCAUCUAUAACAUCGACAGACCCGACAUGCUCUCGUACUCACCUUAUGUCAGCUAUCCGACUGAGGACAGGACCUAUGCAGAGUCCCCGCAGUUCCUCACUCCGACUCCAACAGAGGGCGAUGGGGAAAAAUCCCCCCGUCAUAGACGACCCUCGAGCCCCAGCUCUAACAGCUCAUUGGGCGGAUACGGUCGCUACACACCGUCCCGCUCGCCUCAAACCUACAGCAGACAAGACCAAUACAAGACCCCUAGUUACUCCCCACAACCCGGGAAUUCCAACUCGUUGCCCGUGUACCCCGUGGGUCGAUAUUCGGGCCUGUGUAGUCCCAGAGACUCGUCUUCUCUCCCCCUGUACUACAGCAGUGGUGGUAGAAAUACCCCACAGACUCUUUCCCUGAACCCCACCACCCUGGCCAUGCUCCAGCAGCACAACUACAUCCCGUACUUCAGAGGUAGCGAAAGUGGCCGUAGUACCCCAAGUCUCUCCACCUACUCUGAUGGCAAAUCUCCAAGCUCAACAUAUGUGGCUGCACCAAAGCAUUUCCACAUCCCAGAUAAUAAAGCCAAAGAUAAUAUCUAUAGAAAACCCCCUAUCUACAAACAGCAUGCCUCCAGAACUUCCUGGCAAGAUGGAGAUGAUGUGGACAGAAAGACCAGAACCAGUUGGACGCUUUUGAAGAGUCAGAGUGACGGACAGUCGCCGGACCUCGACCCCAGAACUUCCACACACAGCCUGCCUACGGAAAUGUCCCAGCCUAAUUUCCACUACAACAAAUCUGCUUCACUCCCAGGCUACGGUCAUAACGGUAUUUACAAGGCUGCUGAUCUUGAUCUGGGAGAGGAUGACCAUCACUCCACCUGGGGGGCAAUGAGAGAGUAUAAGGUGUACCCGUACGACAUGCUGGCUGUGGCACACAGAGUCAGAGUGAAGCUACCACGUGAUGUGGACCGCACCAGGCUGGAGAGACACCUGUCUCCAGAGGAGUUCUUCCAGGUGUUUGGGAUGACCAUCGCCCAGUUCGACCGUUUGGCUCUGUGGAAGAGAAACGAUCUGAAGAAAAAAGCUCGCCUGUUCUAACCAACAUCAUCGUCAGCGACACCAUGGACACCAUGGACACCAUCACCACUAUGACACCCCUGAUUAAACUGAGGGAGAAACUAAACGAGGAACUUCUCCUCAUUAUAUAUAAUAUAUAUAGCCAGAGAUAUGAGAAAGUGUGAAAAUACGUAUAUAAAUAUAUACAUAUAUACACAUACAUAUAUACACUUCCAUUCUCCGUGCCUGCUGUCAUAACGUUGAGGGAGUGAAGGUGGAGUGUGUUCUGUAGGCCGUCUCAUGCCGAUAGCUUUCUGUGCAAAUGCAUAACAUUAUAUAUGUUCUGAUGAAGAAGGAAGAGGAUGUACGGUGCGAGUACGCCUCUCCUGCUCUCGCAAAACCUUUCACAUAACUGCAAUAAGGAUCUACAUGUGAGGUAUUUACACACUGUAUGGAUUUCGUGGGUGUGUUUGUGUGUGUGUGUGUGUGUGUGUGUGUGUGUGUGUGUGUGUGUUUCAGAAAGCCCUUCAUGCCCAUUUUUUUAUCCAGUCAUUGUGGAUUUUCUUUAGCAACCUGAAAAAACGAAUAACGUUGGGAAAAAGGUCCGUGCAUGUUGCAUUUAUUCGUUUAUUGGUUCAUUGAAAGACGAAAAACGUCAAUUGCGACACCUUCGUUCCUUAUUUUAAUUUAAUAUCAAAAGCUGAGGAAGGAAAAAAGAAAAAUGACUCAAUUAUUUUCUUUUUGUUCAAUCAAAUAGAAUGUAUAUAUGAUUCAAAUCUCACAACUUAAGACACGAUCAAUGCCCUAAAGUUUACAAUAUUCCAAAUCCAACAUCCAAUCAAGCAUCCAAUCGUAACCUGGAAGUACAAGGGAAUUUUUGUUUUGAGAUCAUCACGAUCUAACAUCCGAUCUAACAUCCGAUCUUAUGUCCAGACGGUUUCCCAUUUCCUCUUCCUCUGUCUAUGCAUUUAAAAAGCACCUAGUGAUCCAUAUGAACUUUAGAGUGAAACCAGAAUGUCAGAUGAAGCCACGGAUGGAUUCUGUGCUGACGGUUGAUCGGUUCUUUUACAUCCAGAUUUCCACACAGCCAAAGAACUCAAACGUCUUCAUUGUCUACAAGACAACAUUUUGGGCAAAAAAAUGGUUUAAACAAUUAUUUAAUGCCUUGUUUUUUUAUUUUUCGAAACAAACAAACCAAAAAACGAAUGAACGCAACAUUCGCAGACCCACUUUACUCAUAGGGUUUAUAUUUAACGUAUUUUUUUAAUAUACCUAUCUUUUUUUUCUACAUUACAUUUUGUUUAAACUCGGCCCCAAUCCUCUAGAAUUCGGAAAUCUAAAUGUAGAAAUCUUAGAAAACGAAGAAAAAUGCUCACAGGGAACUAAAUAAACAAGACGUGAUGGUGACGUGCAGCCUGCAUAAAAUCUACACACGCAAACGGCCCUUUUACAGGGUGCCAUUACUUUUCAACAGCUGCUGCUUAUAUGAAAACUCUGAACUCUGAUCUGGAUCACAGUGGUAAUGUUUCACAGCCAAGAUAUAUAUAUAUAUAUAUUUUUUUAAACACACACUACAUGGCCAAAAGUAUUGGGACACAUCAAUUUUCCAGCUAUUUGCGGUUCUUUAUAAAACUGUUUCCACUCAAAGUCGGAAGACACACACUUUAUUAUAAGAUUAAAAGUUUUUGGAUGCAGGAGCAUGACAUUUUUUCUCCACUUGCACUAGGAGACCCAAAACCUGUUCCAGUGUGACACUUGUGCACAAAGCCUUCUCCAUGACUAUAUGCUUUAAUGGGAUGGAGUGAAAGAUCUCCUGCUAUACAUCUCCAACAUUAUUUAAUGAAGGUGAACACUGACCGCACCCCAGGCCUCCUCACCUCAAUUUUCCUUCAUCAGCACCUGACUUUAGUAACACCCUUGUGGCUGAAUGAACCCCCACAAAAUCACAAAAAACAUCUUCCCAAAUAAUUGGUGCUUCUUAUAACAGCAAAUGGGGCCCAAAUGUGGAAUACGGUUUCCUUUUUAAAAAAGAAGCACAUAUCAAUCUUAUGGUCUCGUGUCCACAAACUUUUGGCCGUAUAGUUCAUAUUCUCAAAUGCACUCUGUAGCCUCUUUGAAAUAAAUUAGUUUAUAUAUAUAUAUAUAUAUAUUCAAUCAAUAUAAUCCGACUGCAUUCUGUUGUACACGGCUGGUUUGGUUUUGCUUUACAUUCAUUCGUAAUUAACAAAAAAAAGCCUUAAUCAUGGCUGGGUGUGUGUGUGUGUGUGUGUGUGUGUGUGUGUGGUUGUGUGUGUGUGGUUGUGUGAAAUAAGGAAUACGCACUUUGAUCAUUGUUCCAGAAAUUGUAACGUUGCAUCUGCAUGAGUGUUAUUGUGUCGAAAUGAACGUCAAAAUCUGUAGCUCGGUUCAUUAAAUCUCCAGAAAGACCAUCAUGGCCUGUACUUUAUGUAGAAUUUUUUAUUAUUCUUUUUUAAGGCUUGUAAUGUCAUUGUGAGACAAUUCAAAUCUUUAAAACUGCCUGUGAAAAGUGUGGAGAAACAGAGGCUUUCUUUGGUUUUUGAGAGACAAAAGCAUGUGUUUUUAUACAACAAACACGGUAAUGUGACGUAUAAAGAUCAACAAACAAAUCUAUAAAUGUACUGAGUGAAAAAUCCUCCUUCAGCAUGAAGAACAUCUUUCCACACACCCAGUAUCCGGACACUUCAUUUCUCCAAACGUUCAGCUGAAACUCUUGUAAAACUCUCUAAAGAUCUGGUUGGAGAUUUCUUUCUUGUGAUGCAGUUGAUCCCAGAGCAGUUGAGUAGGAUUGAGGUGCGGUGACUGGGCUGGACGUUCAUGAUAAAUAUCACUCCAGACGUCUGUCUGAUCUCUAAAUAAAAGCAGUUCAGUGAGACGCUUUCAGUCCAGACAGAACUGCAUGGUGUUAAAGUGUGGAAUGGGAGCCGUGUUGGUUCAGGAUUCCUUCCACUUUCCGGAAUCUUCUCUGUUUCAAAACAUUCCCAAAUCAUUAAUCUUCCACCUCCAUGUGUGAGUGUGGGGGUGAGGGAGUCUGAUCACAUCUUCUCUUCUGUUCUCCAUCUCACACAAGUUCUUCUGUUAGAGACAAAAAAUUUCACAUUUGGACUCCAAAACUUUCUUCUACUCGUUCACUGUCCCAAAGUGUGUUUUCGGCUUUUAUCGAGUUUGUUCCAUAGAAACAAAAGAAACACCUGACUCUCAAAAAUUAUUAUUAUUAUUAUUAUUAUUAUUAUUAUUAUUAUUAUUAUUUUUUUUUUUUUUUUUUUAUGAUCACCCAUCAUUCAAACUAGUUCUUUUCAGCCCGACUUCUUUUUCCUCAAAGGAAACUUGUGCCAAGCAGCAGAGGUUUUUGAAUAUUGCAGACUGUCCCAUUAAAUCAUAUAUAUUUAUUACUAUAUAUAUUUAUGAUAUAUAUAUAUACAAUUCUCAACACCACUCAUUCGUCCUCCGCAUAAUUCAGUCACUUGUGUGCAUCAUAAAAGCAAUUUUUCGUUGCUUUGAUCAAAUUGCGAAUGCUUCUGUAUAUUCGUUUAAUGGAUUGUGUACAAACGUCUGCUGUUUCCUACAUUAUCAAUAGUUUGUGUUCAUGUUGAGCAAAAUAUAUUAUACUGGUUUCACCUUUUUUUGUUUUUUUUGUGACUAAAUGUGUGCAGGAAGGGUUUCCUAAUGGGUUGGGGUUGCAUGGAAAGUUUGCUUUAUUGAAACAGCUGCUUUCGUGUGUGUGUGUGUGUGUGUGUGUGUGUGUGAGAGAGAGAGUGAAAGAGUCAGAUCAUGCUGGGAAAGUCCAAUACGGAUGUGUGGUUUGCUUCUCUGUCUAUUUCCUCCUGUUAAUACAUUGAAAAAGUCAAAAAUCAGGAACUCAGCUUGUAGCUCCGCCCACUUUGCAGGAGUCAGGCGUUUUUCAGAUUUUCUUUGCUGUUCAUUUCACUGUCAACCUCGCACGGAUGCAUUCAGCAUCUCUUUUUCUUCUUCUUUAGACUGCGUGAGUGUAAAACAUUGGCUCGUAACCCAGAAUAAACAGAAUCUAUGAAAGCAGAAGAGCCACAUUACUGAUUAUGAUUCAUAGUUUUUGGACUGGUGGAGAUUCUGCAGAUCGUGUUCAUGUUUUUCAUUUACAGUUUUCUCCCUUUUUGUUCUCUUGUGGUUUAUAAACAUGUCUUUGUGUUGUUAUACACAGCAAAUGUAACCCAAAAGCUCCUGACACUCAGUUGCCAAUCGAACAGUUUGUGUGUUUUUGAAAUAAACUAACAUAUGCAUAACCACGAAUACAUCUUUAAGCCAAUGCUGUGAUUUUGUUGUGCUUGUGGCUGUGCAGCAGUGUGAGACAUAUAAAGGUUUUCAGUUUUUCUCAGUUGCUUUAGAGCGUUUCUCAGAUCAGAAAAGAAAUUCUCAAAACUACUCGUUCACCCUCCACGUCGUUUAGUCGCUCGUGCUCAUCGUAAAAGCAGUUUCUCGUCGCUUUCAACAAAUUCCGAUUUUUUUUUUUUGUAAAUGUGUCUUGGAUUGAUGAAUUGUGCAGAUGAACCCUGAAUGUCACUAAUGAAGGCGAGUUGACGGCAUCAGAUCAACCAAUAGUCAACUAGAUCUUUUGAGAGAUGAACUAAAGAGUUUGUGAAAUCCAUUGUAUUGUGCUGUUUGUACAAAUUGUUUUGAGAAAUUCACUCACUGAUUUACAAAACUUUAAAGAUGAAUCAUGCAAUGCUCCAAAAGCAACGGAGAAAAACUGUAAUACAAUAGUGUUCUUUUUUUUUCUUUGUUUGCUUUGCAAAAGAAAAAAUGUUUGUCUUUCAAUAAACAUGUCAUACAGCUGGA